AUGGACGCCAUCGGCCUCAAAGUUCAACCGGAGUCCAGACCAGAGUCCAGACAAGAGUCCAGACCAGAGUCCAGCCUCAGAGUCCAGACCAGAGUCCAGACCAGAGUCCAGCCUCAGAGUCCAGACCAGAGUCCAGACCAUAGUCCAGACCGGAGUCCAGACCAGAGUCCAGACAAGAGUCCAGACCAGAGUCCCGACCAUAGUCCAGACCAGAGUCCAGACAAGAGUCCAGACAAGAGUCCAGACCAGAGUCCAGACCAGAGUCCAGACCAGAGUCCAGACCAGAGUCCAGACCAGAGUCCAGGCCAGAGUCCAGGCCAGAGUCCAGACCAGAUUUCAGAACAGAGACCAGACCCUAGCUCAGACCAUCAUGGACUUCUACUCCCUGGUGUCUCCAUGGUCGUGGUAGGAGGUGAUCAUGUUGGUAGAAUCCCACCCCAGACUCAGCCCAGACUCAGCCCAGACUCAGCCCAGACUCAGCCCAGACUCAGCCCAGACUCAGCCCAGACUCAGCCCAGACUCAGCCCAGACUCAGCCCAUACUCAGCCCAGACUCAGCCCAGACUCAGCCCAGACUCAGCCCAGACUCAGCCCAGACUCAGCCCAGACUCAGCCCAGACUCAGCCCAGACUCAGCCCAUACUCAGCCCAGACUCAGGCCAUAG